AUGCGCGCGCCGGCACUAGUCGCGUCAAAGUCGACGCCACCUGUGAAUAACAAAACGAAAAUGGCGGAGGACAAGAUUGGUUCGUUGGAGGAAGAAGCUUUGAAAAGGAAAGAACGGUUGCAAGCUCUGAAACGGAAAACCGAGGAUAACAAGGAAAAUAAAAACGAAAGUGCCAGUAAGUUACCAAAACCGAAAUUUCGGAGUUACAAACCGCAAGAUGAGAGCCUCAAAGACAAGGUAUUAGAAGACGCGAAGCCAGGAAAUGUAGAGGAGGAGGUGCAAGAUCAAUUGAGCGCUGCAAAUACAAAAGUUGUCAUAGAAGAGCUUGAUAUUAGUAAUCUAGCCCCAAGGAAACCUGACUGGGAUUUGAAGCGAGACGUUGCUAAGAAAUUAGAGAAAUUAGAGAGGAGAACUCAGAAAGCGAUAGCUGAACUCAUAAGGGACCGUCUAAAACAAGGGCAGCACGAUUUAGCUGCUGUGGUAAACGUAGCAACCAAUGAUCAGACAAAAUCACCCAUAUGA